CUGAGGAUUUUCCAGUGUUGCCUCCUAUCCAGGGCCAUCAUCUCCUGUGCCUGGCAUUCCCUCCACCUUGGGCCCUUACUCGCACUUGAGAAUCCCACCUUGCCAAUGGACCUGAUUGGUUUUGGUUAUGCAGCCCUUCUGACAUUUGGAAGCAUUUUGGGAUAUAAGCGGAGAGGUGGUGUUCCAUCUUUGAUUGCUGGUCUUUUCAUUGGAUUUUUGGCCUUUUAUGGAGCUUGCCGUGUCUCCAUUGACAAGCGAGAUGUGAAACUCUCUCUGUUUACAGCUUUCUUCCUGGCCACCAUAAUGGGUGUGAGAUAUAAGAGAUCCAAGAAAAUAAUGCCAGCUGGCCUGGUUGCAGGUUUAAGAUGUUUCUCUACCACCACUGCCUGCCACACCCUCUUCCCCAUCUUCCCCAGUGUGCGGGUGAGGAAGUUAUCAUUUGGUAUGCAAACAGAACAGAAGAAGCAUCACAUCCAGAAGGACCCCUCACUGGAAUGCCCAGGGUUUGUUGAGUUCAUCAGUGGGAGUGUCAGGGUGGAGAAGACACUGAUAGACUGGCAAAGAGUGGUGAGGAGAGCGUUACGAGAUACGAAGGAAAGGAGCAUAAAGAGUGUGGACGGCGAUCAGGCCAUUCUGGAGGCUUACCCAAGUUGCCCUGCCGAAUGCUGUGUCUGCUGCCCAACGUCACACUCUGGAGCCUUUCGUAGCAUUCUUUGCACCUGAGCUCUGCAGGACAGAGGGCUGUCACCGAGAACUUGUUAUUCAUUUUGUGAAAACUCCGACCUUUUGCAAUGAAGCCGGAUUGGCUGGGAGGCUGUACUGGUUUCCUGUGGCCACUGUGAUGAGCUACCACACACUGGGUGGCUGUCACAACAGAAAGGCAUGCUCUCACGGUUCUGGAGGCCAGCAGUCCGAAGUCAGGGUGUCACCGAGGUUGGUUCCUUCUGAGGCUCUGAGAUGACGUCCUCGACCUAUCAUGAGCAGAAGUGUGACUUCCGAUGCUAGGUCCUAAAAGACGUGGCCGACUCUUGGAUUGCUUGCUCCCGGAGGAGUUAGCUCAUCCCUCCCGUGGACACCCAGACCGCCCUGCAGAGAGGCAGGCGUGACAAGAAACUGAGGCCUCCUGCCAGCGGCCAGCGAGGAGCCGAGGGCUGCCCCGACUUGGAAGGAGAUCAGCCGGCAGUUCCUCAGUCAAGCUUUCAGGUGACUGCAGCCCCUGCGGAUGGCUUACCUGCAGCCUUCUGAGAGACCCUGGCUCAGGACCACCCAGCUGAGCUGCUCCCAGACCCUUGACCCUCAGAAACUGCAUUAGAAAAUAAAUGUUAGUUGCUUUAAGCCACUAAAUUUUGGGGUGGUUAUGCAGGAAUAGAGAACUAAAACACCCACGCCUGCCUCUCUGAUCUCACCUUUCAGUGCUUUCUCACCUGCUCCCGCGUCUGCCCGCCUGCUGUGCCUGACACACACCACAGUCGUUCCUGACCCAGGUCACUACCCUCCCUGUUUACCCUACGUCUCAUGUUUGGAGUCUUCCUGUCAUCCAGGACUUAGUCUCCUAUUCUUGGUUAACCACUUCCUCAUCACCAUCCCCAAAACUGUCCAUCACACUGUGCUGUUUUAUUUUCCUGGCAGCACUCAUCACUAAUCAUAAUUAACUUUUUCAUUGAUCAGUUCAUUUACACAUUGUCUGACCAGGAAAAUGCUCUUGUAUGUACCAUGGUAUCCUCUGUGCCUAGAAGAAUCAGGGAAAAAUGUGCUCAAGACACAUUUAUUGAAUACAAUAAUGAAUAAAGUCCUUUAAAUAUUAUUUACUGGAACCAUAAUCCUUAAGAUCAUCAGUUUCUGAGGUCAGAGUCUAUAUUUUUUUUGGUGGGGGGGGGAUAUGCAUGGCUAGUCUGUUGAUUUAGAAUGUUGCAAUUCUGUUGAAAGUUCCAAAGGACAAAUAUAUUCAAACAUAGCUAUUGAGUACAGAGGAGAGGUGAACAAAGAUUGCUGAAGAAAGUGGAAGGCAGGAUGUGUCAAAGUCAACACAUACUGAAGUUUUGCUGACUCACAGCUGCCUCAUCCAAGCAGCUCUGGUGGCAGUGUUCCUAAUACAUGCUUGUUCUUUAAGAAGAUUUUGGAAAAUUGGCAAGUUAACAAACAUAAUAGCUCAAAUCUUGACCCAAUUCCCUCUGUGUGGUCAGAGAAAUUAAUAUCUACUUUUUUCAUGAAAAUGAUAGGUGGUGGAUGGAUCAAAUGCCAAAUCCAAAUGAUUGUGUAACAAACGUCUUUAUGUUUUUAUGUCACAGAUUACCCAGGAAUGAUAUUCAACAUAGUUAACAUCUGGCAUAGUAAAUAUAAGUUAAUAUAUAAAUCAGUAUAUACACCCAAAAUUAAAAACACAUUUCCUUGUAUUUUCUAACCACACUAUGCAUGGCAUGAAAAGGGAUAAAACUAUAGUGCAAGCUAGUCACAAAGCAUUGCAAUCACUUCCAGCCGUUUGUGAUUCUUGUCAACUGCCCACGUGCUCUGGAAUCUUUAGGCCGGCAGUGGGUGCGUUCUUCUAUGAAAGCCACCAGCUUCUGUCAGGGGGCCCUUUCCUGUAUCUAUGACCCUCAGUGCAUUCCUAGGCCCCUCUCCUGUUUGUGGCCUUCUCACAUUGAGGAUGGGGGAGGUAAAGUCCUCCCACUGUGACCUCUACCCCAGAGAGCACCAUGUCACCAUCCCUUGAGGUAUCUGAACCCUACUAGUUUUAUAAACAGGCAUUUCAUUAAAUUCUCCUCAGCCACCCUUUUUGAGAUAAGGUGAUACCUCAUUCUUCUUGUGUUCACAGCAACAGCCAUAAUAAGGUAAAUCUUACCAAGUUCACUUCAGGAUAAUAAAAAGCAUUUACAAAAUAUGUUAUCCACUGGGGAAGGCUAAGGCUAGGUGUGAUGAGGUUGAGAACCUCUGUUCUCAAGCAAGGGUGUAAGAACAUAGUGUUGGAGGGAUGUACGACAAAGGCCUCUCCUGCUCAUGAAUCCCUUGAGGAGCCUAAGCUGAACAGGGAGGAUAAAUGUGCAAAGGGAACCAGAAGCCUCCCGUGAAAACAGGUGGGCACCUCCUUUCUGGGCCAUGUUGACCUGACACUGAAGCUAUGUGCCCUGUGUCUCGUCAGUUCCACCCCACUCAACAGGGAGAAGUCCAUGCUAUGAAAAUGGGCAGUUGGACCUAGGGCCCUGGGCUCAAUCCCAUGUGUUGGGAGCAAACCUGUGGGCCUUUAGGCAGGCUCGGUUACGAAAGCCUUAAGACAACAGCAACCUUUAAGUAAAGUCUCUCCUGUAAAGUCAGAAAUAAUAAGUCCAUCCACGCGUUAGAAACAAGUUUUCCCCUAUUACCAAGAAACGCAUUUAGCGAACUCCUAAGCCGGAACUAGUGGUUAAGUUACCUAGCAACAUGUGCUUUUCUGUUCUUUCCACUAGCCUAUUAAUAUUACCAGCAUCUUGUUAAUCAAGAACACCCUCUGCCCCAGGGGAAAGCCCCACCCUUAAAACCUCCCUCCCAAGGGCCCCCACCCACAAAAUGGCGAACUCCUUGCUUCUCUUCCAGGUCCUCCGCUCCCGCCGGCGCCAGCCAAGGCCCAGUCACCCUCUGACCCACCCCUUCCUCGCUACCUGUAUAAAUUGAGCCUGCAAACAAUAAACUGUGCCAGCUUGAUCAGACAUCCUGUCUUGCUGUCCGUUCUUUGUGUCCCUUGCCCCUUCAUUCUCUCCUCCAGGUCGUCGACCCCCGUUGAUAGUCCCGCGGGUCA